ACAGUGCUUCAUCCAGUUCUGAGAAAAUGAUAAGAAAGAUAUUUUAUAUCUCGACCUUACAAAUAAAUGCCCCAUUGGCUCACUCGUUAACUCCACUCAAUUUCCCGCUCCAACAAAGCUCAAUCACACUCUAAAAUCUUAAAACCUCUUCUAUCAAAAUUCUAGGGUUUCAAUUCCAGUAUCCAAUCUCUGUGACUUAUAAACACAUGCAGUUAGGAGUUUCGGGAGGCUUUUCUCUCUUGCACUAUAACUUUGGCUCUACAUGCUUUACUUCUUGUAGACCUAAACACUUGCAAAAUAUGGCCGCUAUAAAUGCUAUUUCACCAUGUCCGUUCAGUCUUUUGCGCCGACGGAGCCCGAGCAAGUUUUCCAUUUCGUGCUCUGUUGGCUCUCCUACUAGAAUUGGCAGUCAUGGAUACGGAGCACCACGCAGAAGACAGGGAAGAAUGGAAGGAGCUGGGAAAAGUAUGGAGGAUUCCGUUCAACGCAAAAUGGAACAGUUUUAUGAAGGGUCUGAUGGCCCACCCCUCCGCAUUGUUCCAAUUGGUGGUCUGGGUGAAAUUGGGAUGAAUUGCAUGCUUGUUGGGAAUCAUGACCGCUAUAUACUUAUUGAUGCUGGUGUUAUGUUUCCCGACUAUGAUGAACUUGGAGUCCAAAAAAUUAUACCCGACACCACAUUUAUUAAAAAAUGGAGACACAAAAUUGAAGCUGUUGUGAUAACUCAUGGGCAUGAAGAUCACAUCGGUGCAUUGCCUUGGGUUAUCCCAGCUUUGGAUUCCUGUACUCCAAUAUACGCAUCAUCUUUUACAAUGGAGUUGAUCAAAAAACGUUUGAAGGAGAAUGGGAUUUUCGUUCCAUCUAGACUUAAAGUUUUUAGAGCAAAGAAGAAAUUUACAGCUGGACCUUUUGAAGUAGAGCCAAUCAGGGUGACCCAUUCUAUUCCUGAUUGUUGUGGUCUGGUUCUUCGCUGUGCUGAUGGUACAAUUCUUCAUACAGGGGACUGGAAGAUAGAUGAAUCACCAUUGGAUGGGAAAGUUUUUGACCGUCAAACAUUGGAGGAACUCUCAAAAGAAGGAGUUACGUUGAUGAUGAGUGACUCAACAAAUGUACUGUCUCCGGGAAGGACAAUUAGUGAAAGUGUGGUAGCAGAUUCACUAAUGAGACGUAUUUCAGAAGCUAAAGGAAGGGUCAUUACUACUCAAUUUGCAUCAAAUAUACACCGUCUAGGGAGUGUGAAAGCUGCUGCAGAUUUGACUGGUAGAAAGUUGGUCUUUGUCGGCAUGUCGUUGAGGACAUAUUUGGAUGCAGCUUGGAAGGAUGGGAAGGCACCAAUUGAUCCAUCAACCCUUGUGAAAGUGGAAGACAUCGAUGCCUAUGCUCCAAAGGAUCUGCUGAUUGUUACAACUGGAUCACAAGCAGAGCCACGUGCUGCACUUAAUCUUGCAUCAUAUGGGAGUAGUCAUUCCUUGAAACUGAACAAGGAAGAUAUCAUUCUAUAUUCAGCUAAGGUAAUCCCUGGUAAUGAAUCUAGGGUGAUGAAGAUGCUGAACCGUAUAUCAGACAUUGGGUCAACUAUAGUAAUGGGUAAGAACGAACUGCUGCACACAUCAGGCCAUGGAUAUCGUGGAGAACUAGAAGAAGUACUUAGAAUUGUGAAGCCACAGCAUUUUCUUCCCAUACAUGGAGAACUCUUGUUCUUGAAAGAGCAUGAAUUACUUGGAAAAUCAACUGGAAUUCGACACACUACUGUUAUAAAGAAUGGAGAGAUGCUUGGGGUUUCCCACCUAAGGAACAGAAGAGUUCUAUCUAACGGGUUUAUUUCCCUUGGCAAGGAAAAUUUGCAGUUGAUGUAUAGCGAUGGAGAUAAAGCAUUUGGCACAUCAACCGAACUUUGCGUUGAUGAGAGACUAAAAAUCGCCACAGAUGGCAUUAUUGUGGUCAGCAUGGAAAUUCUACGGCCUCAAAAUGCAGAGGGUCUAAUGGAAAAUACCAUAAAAGGAAAAAUAAGAAUCACAACCCGCUGCUUGUGGCUGGAUAAAGGGAAACUUUUAGAUGCUCUUUAUAAAGCUGCCCAUGCUGCACUUUCAAGCUGUCCUGUGAAUUGUCCUUUAUCGCACUUGGAAAAGACAGUGUCUGAGAUUUUGAGGAAGAUGGUAAGAAAGUAUAGCAGUAAAAGGCCUGAAGUCAUUGCCAUUGCUGUGGAAAACCCCACUGCAGUUCUUGCUGAUGAGGUCAAAACAAGGCUAUCUGGAAAUUCUGAUGUUGGUUUUAGGAUAUCAGCAUUGAAAAAAGUGGUAGAUGGAUAUCCAAAAAGAAACCGCUCAAGUAAGACGCAGUUAGAAAGCAAUGGCUAUAUGCAGCUAGAUAACACAUCACAGCAAAAUCCAGAAGUUGAUGAUGUUGAAGUUGGAAGAGUAUUACCUGAUGAUGAGAUGGCAACCUCGACAUCCAGCUUGUCUGACAGAAUUUCCUCCAACUCUGAGGAUCAAGAUGAUUUCUGGACAUCACUCAUUGCAUCAUCUUCACCUGUAGGCACUUCAGUUCCAAAUCAGGAACAUAUAAAAGAGUUUAAGGAAGAUGGUGGUAGGAACAGUGAAGACGAGACUUCGGAAAUGCAAAAUUCUCAACCAAAGCCUUCUAAGCGUCUGAAAAAGAAUAAAUGGAAACCUGAGGAGGUUAAGAAACUGAUAAAAAUGCGUGGGAAAUUACAUGAUAGAUUUCAAGUUGCAAAGGGAAGAAUGAUUCUCUGGGAGGAGAUAUCGAAUAGCUUGAUAAUUGAUGGGAUCAAUCGAAGUCCUGCGCAGUGCAAAUCUUUGUGGGCAUCCUUACUUCAAAAAUAUGAGGAAAGCAAGACUGAGGAGGAAAGCCAAAAAAGUUGGCCCUAUUUUGAAGACAUGAAUAAAAUUUUAUCUGCCUACGAGGCAACGACAACAAAAUGAUCAAAAGAGGAGCAUGAAUUAAAUACUUUGGAAGAGCUUCAACAGCCAUGUUGAUCCAAAUAAAGCUUGGAAAGUGAUGGCCACGGUGAUACAAUUAACAGCAUCAGGGAUUCAUGUUCAUAAAGAAUCAGUCCAGAUAUGAUAAUUCUGAAGCGGCAGAGCAAAUGAUGAAUCAUGACGAACAAGGAAUUAAUUUGGCUUUGUACCUAUAGGGUCCUGUGUAAAAUGGUUAUCUGAUAUGGAAUCAACCUGCAGAGGAUGUUUCCUUUCCUUGGAUGUUUCAAUUCUUCGUUUCAUAAAUUUUGUUUCAUUUUGAUGUCAUGCAGACGCAGCACUACUGUUUUGGUUGCUGGUCAAAUUGUUGUAAGAUCCAAGAAUGAUUCUUUAUGAAUUUCUUGUAUACUGAUUAAUUAUAUACAAUUUCUUGCAUUUCUUAUCGGAGUAA